AAAACAACAUGGCGACACGUGUAGGCAGCAAGGUUUUGUUGACUGCUGCGGACGGAAGUUAUGAGGGAAUAGUUCAUUCCUUCAGUGCAGAUGGAAAACGUCUAGAUCUGAAGAAGGUGGUGUCUUUGCCAUCUAGGAAAAAGUUACCAGGAAGUCAGAUAUUCUUUCGCAAUGAGAUUUUGGAGUUAGAGGUAUUAGAGGCUGCUAAAGAGGAAGAUGAAGAUGAUGAUAAGGAAGAUUUGACAGACAGGUGUCUCCUACGACCUAAGCAAAGUACUCCCCACCUGAAAAGACUUCAUGACUUGGAACACAACAAACUUUUGCUCAACAGGCCCCAGGACACUGAGGCAUCCAGCGGUACAGCUCCACACAGAAAAACAAGGAGGAGUAUAAAGUUCAAACCCCUGGAGAGAAUAUUUGAAGCCCACCACCCUGAGGAACCAGGGGAAGUUAUCUACACUGUGGUGGAUCAAAUAGAUGAUCAGUUUGAAAAAUUGAUGGAUGUUUUCAGGGAGAUGACUUUGGGUCCAGGACAGGAGAUCCUGGGCGUGGCCCUGGAGGGUAUUAACCUAGGCAGAGGAGGAGAGCUGUGCUGGAUACAGAUAGCCUGCAAGGAAUAUGUCUUCCUCUUUGAUGUAUUAACACUUGGUGCAGACUGCUUUAAGUUUGGUUUGAAGGACAUUUUAGAGAGCCAAAAAUUUCUCAAGGUGAUGCACAAUUGUCGCCAAGCCUCGGACAUUUUGUGUCAUCAGUAUGGCGUAGGUCUGAUCAACAUCUUUGAUACCCAGGUGGCAGACAUCAUUGUGUACAAAGUGGAACAUGGUGGAGAUCUGCCCAUGUAUGUCAAUGGCCUGACAGUACUGCUUGACAACUAUUUGGAGGUGGACCCAGAUGAAAUAAGUCCUGCCAUGGUGCGGGAACACUGUAAAAAGGAAGACCUUCAGGUGUGGGCCAAGAGACCCUGUCCAGAGUACCUGCUGGACAUAGCAGUCAGGAAUGUCUUGUACCUACGGGAUCUGCGCAAAGUACUGAUGGAGCGCAUGUUAGGCGAGUUUGUUGCUGGAGUAGACCUCUUUCUCAGUGUGUUGAGAGAUGCAGAUGAUGAUAAGGCGUCCAAGGCAUGGGCUGAAAUUCACAGGCUUCCCCAAAGUUUUCAGCAUAUUCCAAGGAGACUGGAGCGCUACCCAAGGGGGAAAAUACGUGAGGGAGAUUAUAAUUCCCAGGGUUUCCGUGAAAACUGUAGUGGUGUCCGUGACAGCUACAUGGUAUACAGCCAUUCAAGUAUUUGGCAUGCUCAGAGCAGUGGAAGAGGUCGACCAGCAGACAGUGGGCCACUUCAAGCAAGAGCACCAUUGUCCAGUACAUUUAAGUCAGCACCUGGACAGGUGACCAGUUCAAGGUCACCCACUGGUCAGGUGACAAGUUCAAGGUCACCCACUGGUCAGGUGACAAGUUCAAGGUCACCAACUGGCCAGGUGACAAGUUCAAGGUCACCAACUGGACAGGUGACAAGUUCAAGGUCACCAACUGGACAGGUGACCAGUGGGCAUUCAUCACCAGAACAAAUAGUUAAGACUAAGAUGACCAGCGCAAAGUUGCUGUCUGGACAGCCGACUAGCUCAGUAUUUCCAUCGUCCAUAGCAACAGAGCCAACUUACUUACAGCAUGACUUACAGUACUCUUUACCUGCAGAGGAAACUUUGAUAUCUUCUGAGUCACCUGACAAUCUGUGCUCCUCACCAGCUUUAAAUUAUGUUGUGAAGGAGAGGAAUGAAUCAAAACCAACACAGCCUUUUACUGGACAAAAUUCUCCUCAAGUGCCACCUGCUAAUUUUGUUCCUCUUCCUACCAAGCCUUUAGUGUUCAAACCAGCAGGACUAAUGCAGAGUCAAGAUUCCCCAGGGAGAACUAGCCGUGGCAGGACUGCUAACAGGAAGUUUUCAAGUGCAGGGGAAAGUGACUCUAGUUGCUCAGAAAACGAUAAUUGGAAACCUGGGGGUGCUUAUGCAAAGGACAGUGGAAGUUCCAGCUCAAGAGAGCAUGCACUGUUUCCCUUGGACAGUCGAAGCAUUACAUUUGGUGUUCCAAGUUCAGAUCUGUCUGAAGUCCAAAAGACACUAGACGCAGCUGUCCAGCACAGAUAUUCAGGAAGUGGGAGCACAGUGCAUGCUGGGAUUUCAAAUGAGGGAGCAACAGUGCCAAGAGGGAGGAGCAAAUACAAAAUCCCCUUCACAUCUCCAGUUACUGCUUCACAUUUGUCUGAACUCUCAGAAACCCCUGUGGUUUCACUUACACCUCAAGAAAAUAGAAUAGCAAGAAAGAUGCCAGAAACCAUUGACAGUCCCAAUGAGAAUCUCCUCCUAAGAGUUUUGCAGAUGCAGAGCAAAUCUCACCCAUCCAAGCAGAAUCCCCAGAGAGACAUUGCUUUUGAUGGACCCUUAACAGUAGACCCUGGCACUAGUGACACUGGACACCAACAGGACUCAUUGACAGACAGUUUUGCUGUCAGUCCACCAGAGAUUCAAAGAAUGAACAACCUCCCCAUAAGACCAAAUACAAGGUUUUCUAAGCCAGGGAAACUCACGAGUCCACUCAAUGGAAAUGAUUCACCAGUGUAUAAUUGUCAUUACACUGGUGCAGGGAGUGGUGGUGAUGGUCCCCGAGGAGACAGCACUGGUGGAUGCCUGUUGCAAGGAGCCAGGGAGGGUGGGACCAGUUCUGAGGAGGUUCAUGUUCCAUCUGGGGUACCAAGGAUGGCCAAAGUGUAUGGCAAGGGACGGGCACACUACUUACAAAUAGACUGAACUGUUUUUUUUUUUUUUUCCUCAGGCAUUAUGCGAUCAUUACUGGUUCUUCAUUUUCCAUCUUAAAUACUCAGGACAAUAUAUGUAGUAUACUCCACAAUGUAUGUAGUAUACUCUUUCAUACAUUAGAGAAUUUAUUUUUAGGUAUUUAUUUACAAACGCCAUUCAAAUAAGGCAUGCAAACUUGGUUUCCAUCAUAUAAGACAUCUUGCAGUAUUCUAAUUUUGUAUAAUAUAUUUUUUUAAUUUACGGACACCAUUCUGUCUGCAAUAUAGCUAUGCAAUACUAUUGUAGACCAUAUUUCUAUCACAGUAUUUUUUGCAGUGUGGAGUACUGUUUAUAUACAACAUAAUAAAAAACUAUGCCUUAGUGACAGAGCUGCUGCAGACCAUGCAGCUGCUUCAUUUUCAAAUGUCCAUACAUCCCUGCUUGCCACAGCUAAAGUAUAACAACAUUGGAUUUAAGUUUAGUGUACCAAUUACACAUGUAAGUUGUGCCUUAUUGGUUUUGUCAUGCGCCAUUCUACAACUGCAGAACCACAAUAUCUAUAUAUAUGUUAUGAAGAUUUGAAAAUGAAAAAGCUGGCAUGGAACAGAUCUGUAACCAGAGGUAUUAAGAGUCUUGGUUACAACUCAAUUAAUUUGCCCUUGUUAAAGUAUCCCUCAGAAUUUGCUGUAACAUCCUUUACAGAUUUGUUGUAACAUUAUUUACUGCAAUACAAGGGCCUGUUACUUUAGCAAGUUUUGAUCAAAGGAUGGACAGAACUUUCUGGUCAAAAUUUUUAAAAUCUAUUCACCUGAAGGUAAAGCUGUAGGAGUACAUUCAAGUAUGAUAAGGUGUCCCUUUCAUAAAAGGAAAGGAAAUUGCUUCUGUUUAAAACCAGUAGUUAUUCUGCUGUUAUACAUGGACUACUUCAGAUUUAUCCUGAACAGAAAUGGACCAAAAGUUUGGUUGAAAAGUUCGGACCACAUCUGGUCUAAAGUUCCUUCAUGAAACUGGACCGUCCCAUAUAAUCCUCAGGGUUUGCUGCACCGUCCACACUAGAACUUCACAACUGUUGUAAUACAAGUUAAAUACUUUCUACCCCCAUUGCAAUUGUAAUCAGUGAAAAAGACCAAUGGAUUUUUACAUUUUUUUGUUUGUGUCAUGGAAGUAUAUGUAGUGCCUGAUGGCAUUGUAGUUUUAUUAGAAAGUUUCAUGUUCUGCAGUUUAGUGUAGCUUGUUGUCAUAGCUUGACAAGAUAUUUAGUUUUUCUGUAACUGGUGCUAUGUAGAGACUUCAAGAAAAAGAAGCUGAAAAUAAUAAUUUUGGCAGCCUUUAUUUUGGAUGUACUGGUUUUUAAAAAAGCAGUGCAUUAUUUUGAAAUUACAUGUCAAACUAGUCACAGGUGGGAUUUCCUCUCACUUUGGAGAAUUUCACUGUAUUUAUGUUGAUAAUAAAGUUGCAAGUUUU